GUGUGUGUAGCUACCUGAGCUAGGUAGACAAGCCACUCCACUUGGUUGCAGGAUGUCGUCAUCGUGGGUGGUGGAUGUCGACUGCCCUGAGCCGCAGGAGAACGUGGAGGGAUGGGUGAUGGACAUGGAGAAGAAGCUCGAGGACGCGGAGCCGCCGGCGAAGGUGCUGAGAUGGCCGAAGCACUGCAUCUUCCGCGUGCCAAUGCGCUUCAAGAUGAAGACGGUUGAUGGCAUCGCGAGCAGCGUAUUCAAGCCGCAGACAGUGUCUCUCGGCCCAUUCCACCACGAUGACAAGGAGCUGAAACCCAUGGAGGAGCACAAGCUGAGAGCCGCCCGUCAUCUCCUCGGUCGGGAGCAUGCUGGUCGGGCCAGCAAGCUGACCCUUGGCGGGCUCGUCGCUGCCGUGGAGAAGGUGGCCGACGAGCUGGAGGAUGCCUACAUGGACCUGGACGACGAGUGGCGGGGUGAGAACAGGGGCAAAUUCCUUGAGAUGAUGAUCACGGACGGCUGCUUCCUGCUGGAGGUGAUGAGGACUGCCGCAGGGAAGGAGUCCAUUCCCAAGGACUACGCUCAUGGCGACCCUAUCUUCAGCUGGUAUGGCGUCCAGCACAUCAAGCCCUUCAUCCAGCGUGACAUGCUCAUGAUCGAGAAUCAGCUGCCACUGAGGUUGCUUGAGACGAUCAUCGCCGUGGAGGAUGGCACAUGUCCGAGCGCGGCUUCGAUAAACUCCAUGGUGCUCAAGUUCCUCGAAAGGGAAGAUGCCCCGGAAGGGACCGGCCUGGGACUCCACCCUCUUGACAUCUACCGGACGAGCCGACUCAAGGGCACAAGUCGGAUCAAGAGUAACAGAAAGGUUCUUCAUAGAGGCAUGCCGACGACACCGACAGCAAAGGAGGCCGGCGUCGUCCGCCCGGAGAGAGUGGUGCCCCGAUCCGCGUGGAAGCUGUCGGAGGCAGGAAUCCAGUUCCUGCCCAGCAAGACGAGCUGCCUCGACGACAUAGAGCUACACAACGGGAGGCUCUACAUGCCCAAGGUCGAGAUGGACGACUCCACCGCCUACAGGAUCCACAACAUGAUGGCGUUCGAGGCGAUGCACGUCGGCACUGGCGAUGACGUGACGGCGUA